UUGGAAUGUGGGCAGUUGUCAUGUGCAAGAAUGAUCUGACAGGAAGAUAUUAGCAGAAGUGUCUAGAAAGUUCUGACAUGACAGUAUAAAAAAGUCAGUGUGUCAGUGAGCAGCCGGAGGGUUGGGAGCUGCCAGUAAAGCAGCAGCAUUAGCAGGGCAGGACCAGAGGGAGUCCUGCCCUGCCACUGGAAUGCAGAGACACCGAAUGGGGCACAGAGGAAGGAAAGAGAGACCUGAGGAGAAGACAGCAAAGUCAGCAGACAGACAGAAUGCUCCCUGGGUUAUGCCAGACCCAACUUACGCAAAUUCGACCUUACGCAAAAAGAUCCAUAAGGCAUAAAUAAAAUUUGCAAGUUGUGGAAAAUAUUGCAUAGCGUGCGGAAACACAAAGUACUGUAGUGCGGAGGAAUACAGCAGUAGCAUCUCCUACAAGGAAAGGCUUUGCGCUCUCACAGCCUCUCAGUCUCGUGUCUUUUCAGUUAUACUGUAUUUCUGUUAUUUCACCCUAUUAUUUCAUUCAAAUCAUGUCUGGAAAGCGACUAAGUGAUAGCAAGAGUGCAGGACCAGUUCGUAAGCGAAAGAAGAUUGAUUUAGAGCAGAAAAUGAAAAUAGUGAAAAAGUAUGAAGGCGGACAAAGCCUGUCAUCAAUUGCUCGUGAACUCGAUCUGGCUACCUCAACAGUGAAAAGUAUUUUGAAUGAUAGUGCACGCAUAAAAGAGCAUGUGAAAGGCUCUGCUCCUUUAAAAUCAACAGUCAUAACGAAGCAGCGUUCUGGUGCUAUCUAUGAAAUGGAAACGUUAUUAACAAUGUGGAUGGAAGAUCAGAUUCAAAAAUGUGUGCCGCUUAGCCUAAUGAUUAUUCAAGCAAAGGCUAAAAGUAUUUUCGAAGGUGUAAAGGGAAAAUACAGUGAUCCUAACGCAAAGUUUAUGGCUAGUCCUGGGUGGUUUAAUAGAUUUAAACAACGUGCAAAUUUUCACAAUAUAAAAGUGAGUGAUGAGGCUGCUAGUACUGAUACAAAAGCAGCUGAAAAGUAUCCCAAAGUGUUACGAAAACUUAUAGAAGAAUGUGGUUAUACAGCACAGCAAAUCUUUAAUGUCGACGAAACUGGAUUGUUUUGGAAAAAAAUGCCAGAGAGAACAUACAUUUCAAAAGAGGAAAAGACAAUGCCAGGGUUUAAGGCUGCGAAAGACAGGCUAACACUUUUGCUUGGGGGUAAUGCAGCUGGAGAUUGCAAAUUGAAACCGUUGCUUGUUUAUCAUUCAGAAAAUCCCCAUGCGUUUAAAGGCAUUAGCAAAGCUACCCUUCCAGUUUAUUUUCGUUCAAAUCGAAAGGCUUGGAUCACAAUGGCACUUUUCGAAGAUUGGUUUAUAAAUUUGUUUAUCCCUGAAGUAGAAAAAUUCUGCAGAGAAAACGACAUUCCAUUCAAGAUUAUGCUUAUCGUCGAUAAUGCUCCUGGACAUCCUGCACAUUUAGACGACUUUCACCCUAAUGUAAAAGUCAUAUUUCUACCUCCUAAAACAACUUCGAUCCUACAGCCCAUGGAUCAGGGGGUCAUUGCUAAUUUUAAAGCCUAUUAUCUACGAAGAACAUUUGCACAGGCAGUAAAAGCAACUGACAGAGAGUCUGGCAAGACUUUACGUGAUUUUUGGAAAUCAUAUAACAUUUACCAAGCCAUCAUAAAUAUUGCUAAGGCCUGGGCAGAGGUUACCCAAGUUUGUUUGAAUGCCGUAUGGAAGAAAGCGUGCCCACAGUUUGUACACAGCUUUAAAGUUUUUGAAAAAGAUGAAACAUAUGAGGAGGUGGCAGAUGAAAUUGUGAAGCUUGCCGAGCAGCUUGAGCUGGAAAUUGAUGUUGGUGAUGUGGAUGAGCUUAUCGAAUCCCAUGGAGCUGAAUUAUCAAAUGAGGAUCUUAUAGAAUUAGAAGCAGCAAAAGUAAAAGAACAGACUGAAGCUGAGGAUGAAGCUGAAGUAGAAGAGCCACGACACUUCAACACCAAGGAGAUGGCACUUGCAUUUCAUGAGAUUGACUCUGCACUGGCAAGGUUUGAGAAGAUGGACCCCAAUUCCUCACGAUUCUUGAAAGUGAACAGAGGCAUUGACGAAACGCUGGCCUGUUACAGACUGAUAUAUGAAGAGAAGAAAAAGGCCACCAUUGAGUCAUCUCUUGAUAAGUUUGUAAGGAAAAUUGAAAGGCCUGCAACGUCCACACCUCCACAGCCUUCCACCUCCAAAGCCCCCUCUGAUGACCCCGAUGAUGUAAUGUCUGUCUCCUCCUCUCCUUCCUCAUCUACAGAUUAAGCCCACUGUCAUCCACCACCAAAAUGCAGCCUUCAGCGUGCCAGGAUAACAACAGGAUUAAGAUUAUCAAUUUGAAGAAUUGUCCCAGAUUGAGGUGUCAAUAAAGGAGGCUCUGGGGCAAACUGAUAAAUGAAACAGGAAGAAGUCACUAGGACCAGAUGGCAUUCACCCAGUAGUUCUAAUGAAAAUCAAGUAUGACACUGCAGAACUACUAAUUGUGGACUCCUGAGGACUCUGUUUUGGCAAAAUUGAGAGCCAGGUUGGUGGUACUGUAUUCUGAAACGUGGAGAGUGGGCAUUUGCAAACAGCAUCUAUCUACUCCGGGUUGACAUUUACACAGAAAGUCCCAAUAAUUUGAUGCACAGCUGGAGAAACCAUUCUACAUUGCCUCUGCAAGCUCUACGUUCUGAGGCAAUGAGCCUAAAUACACUGGGGCCAGAGCACAAGAGGACUAUUGUAUUCCUACUUCCACAGAUCCAAUGGCUCAAAAGACUCCUGUGCGGGAAGCAAAGGAGCAGUGGUUGCUCUUCCAGCUACAAGUUUUUAAUGGGGGAGCUACAAUCAACAGUAUUGCCCUGGCUGAGAGAAAAUUCCCUUCUUCUCAAGCUCGCUCCUCACUCAACUUGCUCUAGUAACACAAUGAAAGGGCUUCAUAUUAAGGAUCGUUCCAGCCAAGUAUAACCAUGCCAGGAGACCCAGUUAGAACAGGGGAUCAAUACGUUGGACCAGAACAUUAAGAGUCCCUGCCUUGAAGGGGACACUGGUAAGGUCCCAUCUGCACUACAAAUGAAAUGGUGUUACAUUUGUCAGGCAAACCUGGUUGCAUUUGCAGUACUAAAACUCCCUUAAUGUAAAAUUUAACAUUGCAGUAAUGCAGAUUUUGAGAGUAGUUGGUACAAGAUAAGGGCCAGAACUUUAUUUCUAUCAUAAUUUCUCCACUCAUGAAGACUUCUAACUUUGCCCUUAGUUACAAGCAAUGAAAAACAUCCAAGUGUGUGUCUGGUAAAGAAAUACUUGCUGCAUAUGGUAACGACACCAGCUCUAUAUAGAUGAGUGCAUGUUGUUGCAACAUCCAUUAUAGUUCCCUUUGGAUAAACAGCAUGCUAAAUAUAAAAAUCAGAAUUAUACCUCUACCCUGAUAUAACGCUGUCCUCAGGAGCCAAAAAAUCUUACCAUGGUAUAGGUAAAACUGUGUUAUAUCGAACUUGCUUUGAUUCACCGGAGAGUGCAGCCCCGCCCCCUGGAGCGCUGCUUUACCGCGUUAUAUCCGAAUUCGUGUUAUAUAGGGUCACGUUAUAUUGGGGCAGCUGUGUAUCUACACAUUUCUAAAGUAGCUGCUUUAUUCUAAAGAGCCCUGAGGCACAAAAGUAGCCCCACUUCCAACAUGUUGAAACUAAAAUGUAUGACUGCUUCAUGGAGAUACUCUCUCAUUUUACGUGAACAGUAAUUACAACAUAUAAAAAACAAAUGCUAUUAGGAUUAGGAGAUCAACUGGAGAAGUAUGUCUCCUUUCUGAGUUCAAAGAUCCUAGCCCCUUCCCCAAAAUUACUGCUCUGACUGAUCAUCAACGGUGUUUAAAUCUGAAGUAAAAAUUGCCAUUUCUGAAACUCAAGCUGGUGGCAGCCAUCUUGCUGAGAGCUGAUUGACACGGAAGCAUUAUAGAAGAUGGUUAAACCUAUAUUAAGAGAAUGAAAACUAGGUACAGAUCAAACGGAAACAAGCAAGUGGCUUAACAUUUGGAACAGUAACAUGUUUAGUCUUGUCUUUAUACAAAGUAGACUGUUAAAUAAAACUACCACUACCAAUCUGCA